AUGGGGCUCUCAAAUGUCUCUCCACAGGAAACUGUGGCACAGAGAGAGAAUCCUGAAGUUAAAGAUGUGACGGAGCAGUCUACCUCGCUCAAGGACUAUUUUAGAGUCCUCUCUUAUACGACUCCAAAAGAUCGGAUGGUCCUAGUCGUCGGUCUGAUAUGCUCCGUGGGGUCUGGUGUGCCCAUACCGAUCAUGAACAUUGUUCUUGGUGGACUGGUUGGCAACUUCAGUUCAUACUUCACUCCUGGUUCCUCGACCACCGAAGCCCAGUUUAAAGCGUCGGUCAGUAGGCUCAGUCUGUAUAUUGUUUAUCUCUUCAUUGCAAAAUUCACCUUGACGUAUUUCUCCAUGUACUGCUUUCGCGUCAUCAGUCUUCGGGUCUCCGCCGCCUUGCGGCUGGAGUACAUGAAUGCGCUCUUCUCCCAACCGAUCAGCAAACUGGACCAAGUCUCGGUAGGGACGGUGAUUAAUGCAGUGACCAAUCUUUCCAAUUCGAUCCAGCAGAGCAUUUCGGACAAGCUGGCGACCCUUUUUCAAUCCUGCGCCCUCUUGAUCGCCGCAUACAUCAUCGCCUUCAAGUACUCAUGGGCCCUUACUCUAGCCACCAGCUCGUCCCUUGUCUUCCUUCUCAUCGUCACCAGCCUGACGCUGCCCGUUGUCACUCGGAUCCAACGACAGGUGGAUAAGACAGAUGAAAAACACUCGGCUACCGCUGCCGAAGUAUUUGGCUCUAUUCGGACUGUCAUCUCGCUGGGCGCCGAAGCGCCUCUAGCCAAGACAUACCGACACUGGGUCACCGAAUCCCGGAACAGGGGCCGCAGCAUGGCGAUCGUCAUGGGUGUCCAGUUUGGCUUCAUUUUCUUUGCCAUGUACGCCAGUUACGCGUUGGCUUUCUGGCUGGGUCUGAAGCUCUACCGGGAGGGCCACAUCCCAAACAUUGAUACGGUCAUCAUCGUAUUUUUCUCGAUCAUGAUCGCAGUAAGUGUCCUUGGGAACAUUGCCACACCGUUGACGAUGGUGUUCAAGGCGGCCAGCGCAGCAAGGUCGUUCUUUGAAAUCAUCGACGCAGAGAAGAUUGUCGCCGGCGGGCUUUGUGAUUCUGCAGCAUUAGCGCAGGGUGAUAUCGUCUUCCAGGAUGUGGCCUUUACAUACCCUACACGGCCAGAGAGCACGAUCUUGCAGGGACUCAACGCUCGAUUCGAGAGAGGCAAAACAACCGCAUUGGUGGGCUCGUCAGGGUCUGGGAAAAGCACCAUCGUCGCUCUUCUGGAGCGAUGGUAUACGCCGGACCAAGGAAGAAUCUCGGUGGGCCAACGAGACAUCCAACAGUUGGAUCUCAAGUGGUGGAGGUCUCAAAUCGGACUCGUCCAACAAGAGCCGUUUCUCUUCAACGACACAAUCUUCAACAACGUCUCCUUUGGCCUUGUCGGCACAAGGUGGGAGAAGGAGCCGGAUUCUGUCAAGGCCAAAUUGGUGCAGGAUGCGUGUCAAGAAGCCUUUGCAGCCGAAUUUAUUGAGCGUCUCCCAAAGGGGUACGACACUGUUGUGGGAGAGAACGGCACCAAGUUGAGUGGCGGCCAAAGACAGCGGCUGGCCAUAGCCCGCAGCAUCGUCAAGAAGCCCACCAUUUUGAUUCUGGAUGAAGCCACCAGCGCAAUUGACGUCCGUGGCGAGAAGAUCGUCCAGGCAGCCCUUGACCGCGUCUCUGAAAGCCUCACCACCAUAGUGAUAGCACACCGGCUGUCUACCGUCCGGCGCGCGGAUCGCAUUCUCGUUCUCCGCGAUGGCGUCGUCUCCGAGGCAGGGACGCAUGAGGAGCUUUUGUCUACGGACGGGCUAUACCAAGGCUUUGUCAAUGCCCAAAGACUCGUACUCACCGCAGAGGAAGAAAAGGUAGAAGAAGAAGAAGAAGAAGCAGCCGAUUCAAUGGAGGUUGUGGAAGCCUUGAGGGAGGAACUUGCUCAGUCCACUCCCGAUACCUCUGAGCACCCUCAAGACGAGCACUUGGAGAAGAUCAAAGACCGGGGCUUCUUUCGAAGCGCUGGGGUUUUCAUUUACGAGACACGGAAACAUUGGGUAUUUUGCCUGACUGCUUCAUUGGGGGUUCUGGGGGCUGCAUCUGCUUUCCCCCUACAGAGUUGGCUCUUUGCACAUCUCGUCAAUGUGUUCAGUCUCUCGGGGACGAAACUGACCGCAGCCGGCAAUUUCUGGGCCCUGGUGUUCUUCAUUCUAUCUUUAGGCGCUGCAGUCAGCUAUGCCGCCGUCGGAUACUCGGGGAACAGACUCGAAGCUGAAGUCUCCGCGUCUUGUCGAACGGAAUACUUUGAGAAUAUUCUGAGACAGCCUGUUCCGUUUUACGACCGGAACGAGAAUGCCUCUGGCUCGCUCGUUUCGCGCCUGGCCACCGACCCCAAGCAGAUCCAGGAGCUGAUCGGGCUGAACGGCCUGAUUCCAGUCAUCUCGGUCUGCAGUAUGAUAGGCUGCAUCGCCAUCGCUUUCUCCUUUGGCUGGAAGCUGAGUCUGGUCACGGUGUUUGCCGCGCUGCCCUGCGUCUUCCUGGCUGCAUUCAUGCGCAUCCGGUAUGAACUGCAGUUCGAGGCUCUAAACGCCGAGGUAUACGCAGGCAGCUCCCAGUUUGCAGCAGAAGCGAUCGAGGCCUUUCGCACCGUGUCGGCGCUGACCAUGGAGGGUUUCAUCCUGGAUCGGUACGCCGGUCUUCUGAAACAGCAACAGCGUCACGCUUUCCGCAAAGCCUUGCUGGCCACCCUGGUGUUUGCGUUCUCCGAUAGCGUUGAACUGUGUGCCAUGGCGCUGACCUUUUGGUACGGCGGCCAACUUCUUGCCUCCAGAGAGUACCAGCCCACCUCUUUCUAUGUCGUGUACAUGUCCAUCAUCCUCGGUGGGCAACAGGCAGGCCAGUUCUUCAGUUUCGGGCCCAAUGUCGCACAGGCGACAUCUUCUGCGAACCGCAUUCUGAACUUCCGACCAGCGUUGGACGACACUCGUGUUGCCUCCAGACAGACUAUUUCCCAUCUAUCCCGCGGGUCUGGCGCUCGCGUUGAGUUCCGGAAUCUUGCAUUCCAAUACGCCUCACAGCGAACCCCUCUGUUCACGAACCUCGACCUCACCAUCGAAAGCGGCCAGUUUGCUGCCUUUGUAGGGCCAUCGGGGUGUGGCAAGACCACCUUGGUAUCGCUGCUCGAGAGAUUCUACAAUCCGACGCAGGGCACUGUUCUCCUCAAUGGUGAGGACAUCGCCGGUCUUGAUGCAGCGUCGUACCGAAGAUCCUUGUCACUGGUCGCCCAGGAGCCACGGCUGUUUGAAGGCAGCAUUCGCGAUAACAUCACCCUCGGGCUGGACAGCUCAGAGUAUACCGAAGACGGACUGAUUCAGGCAUGCGUCGAUGCCGAGAUCCACAGCUUCAUCUCCUCCCUUCCAGACGGAUACUCGACACAGCUGGGCAUCAGAGCACAGACAGCUCUCAGUGGAGGCCAGCGACAACGGCUGUGCAUCGCACGCGCCCUCUUGCGCAAUCCAUCUCUGCUGCUCUUGGACGAAGCAACCUCAAGUCUGGACUCGCAGUCGGAGAAACUCGUGCAGGCCGCUCUGGAAAGACUGGCUGCCCGCCGGAGCAUCACGAUCAUCGCUGUUGCGCACAGACUCGCCACUAUUCAAAAGGCAGAUGUCAUCUUCGUCUUUGGGGAGAAUCAUGACGGGACAGGGUCGCGGCUUGUCGAACGGGGCUCGCAUCAGGAGUUGCUGCAGAAAAGGGGGGCAUACUGGCUCAUGAUCAGUAAAAGCAUUCUAUAAUGAUGUGUAUAAACUCUCACCUCAGAUGUUGUAUUAUACUUAGAGAAACUCCAUUCUGCCUGAGACUUUAAUGAAAUAGGUUGUACUCAAUAUAUAUGAAUUGAAUCCUCUGAAUAUCUGUUG